AUGCCCUCAGCUAUCGGAUCCACGUCUAACUUCCGAGCACGCACACGUCCGAGGCCAAAACGCCAGGAUCCGUCCUCCGCGAUAAACGAUGCGACUGGGUCUCUGGGCUCUUUGACGGGUACUGCAGCCGAUCCUGGAUCGACGAGUAAUGGAGAUACCUCGAGUGGAGGGAGCAGUGCUGAUCCCAACAGUGGAUCGACCACGGAUAAUGGUGAAUCUGCGACGACGACGCAAGGGCCUACGUCGCAGCCACCGGACACUACUAUCACUACGACUACCUCCAAUCCGCCAGAUACUACCACGACGACGUCCAACCCUCCGACCACCACCACCUCCACCACUCCUCCGUCGACGACUACCACCCAGCCACCGUCUACUACUACCACCAGUCCCACAUCGACCACCCCAACCUCGACCACACAAUCGAAUACAUCCUCCACCGUGACAUCCACCUCGCCCAUUUCAACGGCCACCUCCUCCGCGUCCUCUUCCGGAUCGAGUUCGAGUUCAAGUUCGAGUGACAGUUCGAGUUCGGCCUCUUCGUCCUCGUCUGCGAGCAGUCUUACGCCCACUGGGAAUGAAGUCCUCACCACCUUCACUUCCUAUGUCUCUACUGAGAUCAACGGGACGCCAACCUCCGCCGCAACAGUAUUCACCUCCCUCGUCGCCCCCUCCCCCACCUCCUCAAUCUCAAGCACAAAACUAACAACAAUAAUCGCCCCCACCGUCUCCGUCAUCAUCUUCCUUGUCGUCCUUCUCUCCUCCGUGUUUUGGUGGAGAAGACGAGCGAGAAGGAGGAGGUAUGCGAGUCUUUUGAAAGAGACGGGCAGGAGGAGUAGGACGGGGUUUUUGGAUGGGGAGGAGAUGGGGGAGGUGGGGAGGGGUGGAGGUGGGACGCGGGGUGAAAGAGGGAUACCGACGUUGCCGGUGUUGAGUGGGGUAGGGGAUGAUGGGAGGGGAACGUAUGAGCGUACGAGGACACAUAGUGGUACGCCGGGUGGGAGCGGAAGUGUGGGAUGGAUACCUAGCGACCCCUUCGCUGGAACACCUCGAGGCAUGGGGCCACAGCUCCCUCCGCCACCAGGCUCGUCUCUCUAUUCCGACGCUCCGUCUUCUUCUUCCCAUCCCCAUCCAAACCAACCACCACCUACAUACCCCUACCCCUCCGCCACCGCCCCUGCGAACGUCUCCCCAACGUCGGCCUCCGCCUCCCAAACACACUCCCAAACGUCCCCAACCCUCCCACCCCGCCUCUUCCGCGCCCGCGCCUCCGAAUCAGGAUCCAUCUUCCAAGAAGAAGUCUGGCCUCCCCCUAACCCCGGUUCGAGACUUAAAGAUCCGCUUGUGAAUGUGGGAGGGGCGGGGAGUGAGCUUAGUGUGGGGAGUAUUGUGGAUACUGUGAUGGGGCCCGGUGGUGGCACAGCGGGUGGGUCAGGAGCGGGAGGGGCAGGAGUGGGAGGGGCGAAUACGAGUAGGUUGAGAGGCGGGGCGGGAGGUGGGGUGUUUGGAGAGUCGAGUUGGUCGUUGGCGGAAUCGGGGACGAGUCUUAGAGCUGCGUCGGCGGGGAGGAGGGAUAGUAUUUCGUCGGAUACGCAGCUCAUUCCUGCACCACCGGCGUCGGGGUCUUAUGGACAUGAAUCCAGAACGGGCAGUGCACACGCGUACCCGAGCUCCCCAUCCCCGCUUGGGUCGCCGCCGUUACAAUUGCAGAGACCGCUUUCGCCGACGUCACCCACUUCUCCCAGGACUUCUACCACUAAUGCACCGAGGACGGAGUCGCCGUUGGGUUUACGUGGCAAUAAUCAUAAUACACCGGGAAGUAAUAACAGUAGACCGGGAAGUCCGGAGAGUUUGGGGAGUCCGACGAGUUUGAGGGGCGCGUAUGGGUUUGGGUAUGCGGGGGGGUUGGCGUUGGGGGUUACGAAUCCGGAUAGGGAGAGGGAGAGGGAGGGGAGUGGGGGGGUUGUUAGUCCGGGUGCGGAGGAGAAGGCGGGGGCGGGGAAAGCGGGAGGAGGGGGGAAUUGGUUGGGGAGGAGUGUGAGGAAGUGA